CUGGCUUGCAGAACGGUGGCCUGGACGUGGGUUGGGAACCACUUUUGAGACUGCUCUGCGAGUGACAUUUUCAGCUUGUUUUUCUUUUUCUUUUUUUCAAAAUGCAAAUAUAGAGUCAGAGGUGAAGGUUCAGCUCCUCCUCGUUUCCAAGGCAACCAGAUUGUUUCGGGAACUACAACACUGACAACCUUGCAUUCAUUGUGCAGCUUUACAAACUGUUUGAAAAGGCAACUUUAUUGUUUUAAACAUGACCUCAAAGGUUCAAAAAAGGAUUCCACUUGAUUCAUCUCUAAUAUUAGAAGCCAAUUCACCAGCUAAUCAGUACCUGGUGCAGUUAUUAGAUGAUAAGAAGGAAUUGUCCUUUCAGAAGCCUACUGAAGCUCGAAUGAGGUUGCUGUUUCAGGUGUUGGAGGACCUUGUGCCACAGCUAGGUGUGUUCUCAAGAGUGGUGGCGCUCAUUCGGGAUGAACUCUAUGAUGGAGUUUACAGCUUGCAGCUCACCAAAGAUCCCGAUCUCGAAUCAGAAACAGCUGAGACGGUUACCCGGUUGCCUUACUUCAGUUUAUUGAGAAGACAGCAAGAUGAACAGAAUCAAAAGGCAGAUAACCUGCAUGCUGAACUGAAUCAAAACAAAGAGAUCUUGUUCGAGAAAGAAAAAGAUCUGGGUAAGAUGCUGCAAAAACUGGAAGACCUGGGGAAAGAGACUGAAUCAUUGAAACACGAAAUUGUGUCCUUUGAGGAAGAACUGAAAAAGAAAAAUGAUGAGCUUUUAAGCGUGCAACAUGAGCUUACAAACCUAACAGAGACCCACACUGAGCAAGCCAGCCGACAUGAGAUUACAGUCAGUGAACUGAAGUCCACGCUACAGGGAGCUCAGGAUCACAUCUCCAACCUUAACCAAUUUAAGGAGCUCUACGACGGCCUACAGGAGGCCUUUCAGUUCCCUGUAGCCAAGAAAAACAAAAACAAUCUUGCGACAAUUUCUCCAAAAGCACCUACCAACAGAAAAGCUGUUAUGGCAACUAAAAAGGCUCAUCUGCAUUCCUAUUUGAAAACAACAAGAAACCAGGAACAUCAGCUUUUAAAAGUUCAAAACUCUGUCAUUGCAGAUUUUGAAGCAUGCAUUGAAAAUCAUAAGAAGUGGCUGCUCUCGGAGAAGUUCAGACAUUCCACUCGAAGAGAAGAACAUGAAAUCCUGAUGAAGGAAGAAGAGUUUGCAGAGAAACAGAACAUUUUCCAGCAGUCUAUGGCUGACAUUUCAACAGAGCUGGCCCUUCUGAAGCAGCACAGAAAAAGUUUACAAGAGCAACUUAAUGUGCUGGAGAAAACUCUUCACCAGGAUCAAGAAAAUGAAGAAAAGGCCAGAUCUGCUCAGCAUACCACACAAGCGCCGGGGUCAAGGGUCGCCUCUGGAAGCUGGGGAUUAGAAAGAGGUUUUUCCACCCAGGAUGAUUUCGAGAAUGCCCAGGAUGACUCCGUGCAGGAUUUUUUCUACAAUGCAUUCUUCCCUGAUGAAAGAGCUCUGAACAAGUAUGCAGCUAUGAUCUACAACUCCUGCAGUGGGGGGAAGAUGUAUGAGGAAGCUAAAGGGGCUGCUUUUUGUAACAGCUGUGGAGAAAAGACAUUCAUCUGCCCUCAUAAGGUGGCCAUUAAUUGUGUGCUUGAGCUUCCUCCCAACUGCACCCACAUUAAAAUCACCAGACCCUGGUCUCACAUCAUCACAAUGGAAGCUAAGCUACAGAGGAAAAACAAUGAGACCCCCACUCCAGCUUCUGCUGGUUCAUCUGUAACGUCAUCCGAGCCUUCUCCCAUCAACCAACAGACACUGCAAACUACAAGUGCAGUCUUGGAAGGGCUAACUAACAAAUCAAACAAUGACAAAGAACAGCAACCGUUGGCAGUCUUGGGAGAUUGUAAAACACAGCCACCACAGGCAACAAGCAGCUGGUGGGGGGAGGAGGAAAAGGCCCUGAUUAAUGAUUUCUCAACAAUAUGGGCUUGCUUCAAGAAGCAAUUGAAGUUGAAAAGGAGACUGCCAAGGAUUAUCACAAUGGACAACUGCUUAUCCGUCACUGAGGAGCUUAUUGCUAGUUUGCUUUGGGCAGAUGAGAACAGAGAAGACCUGGAUCCACCCCACUCUAUCCAGGACACACUAUGCCACCUCAUUAAUGAGCAAUACGUUUCAGAGGAAGCAAGUUGUUUAGUGAUUUCUGAUUUUCUCAGUGCUGUAAUAACAUAUGCACCACAAAACAGGCUGAUUGCUGUGCUUGGCCACACCCUCUGUGGGAACCUGGACUCUGCAGUGUUGCGUUACAUUGUUGUGAUGGCUGAACUGGUGAACUGUAUCUCUUGGAAGUUUGUCAGAGAUUUCAAUGUGUUUGCAUCUCAAGUCUACCCCUUUCUGCAGGAUGAUGCUCUGGAUCUUGUAACGAUGGAAUACACUGCGUUCAGUGAGAAUCGCAUCUCCCAAUCGCUGGUGUUGGAGUUUAUUUUGAAUUGCAUUGUAAAAAACUCAGAGCCCAUGUUUGAGGAGUACGUGACUAAGCUUCGUGAGCUUCUGAAGACUGAUUCGGAGUAUAUUUCAAGCUCUGAAUUUGCAGAGGCCUUUGAAAAUAUCGCUCCUCUGUGCAAUGAGAAGCUACAGCAGACCCUGGUGCAACAGUCGUUAGCAGCUCAGGGCAGUGACUUGAUUCCUUUGAGAAGUGCAGCUCAAAUCACAGCAUAUGUGGUGCAACUACAGCAAUUAAACAUUCAUAAAACACACCUUUCAACUGUAUUUGAGGCAACAAGAGAGAAUGGAGGGCGAGGCAUCAACGAUGCUGCUUCUAAACCUAAUGACAUCAUUACAAUGUCUAAAGUUACGAUUCUGGCUUGUAACAUAGCAAGGAGAAUGCAAGCAAGAAAAAAACAACAGAGCACUUCAGUCGUAUAAGACAACAAUGAAAUGGAAAAUGCAUUUACAGCCAAGGGGACCCUCAGCUAUGCACAUUACAACUUCAGUCUGGUUUAUUUUUGUUUUUCUGAUAUGUUGAUCUGCUUAUUCUUGGUUCACAUCACUGAACACCAUUGGCUAUUAAUGUAUUGACAUUUCAAAUCGAGAGCUCUGAAAUUUCAAAAACAGACCUCUGUUGACAUCCAUUUUUUUAUAUCUUCGAGACAGAUAGUUAGGGUAUUCUGAGAUGUGGAAUCACCUGGUUUGACAGAUAGGUACAAUUGUGUGUCAUUAGCAUAACUAGAUUAGCUAAAUCUAGUUGACUCAUUAAAGAAAAUAAUUAAAAAAUGUAUUGUGAUGUCGCAGGACUCGGGGGAAUAGCAGUGUCAGGAAUGGUGUUUAAAUCAUCUGAAUUGACCGCAGUUAUCUGGUUUCUUAUCUCAAUGAUUUUAUCUUUAAAGUGAUGCAUAAACUCGUCACAACUUGCUUUUGAUAGUUGUAACUGAAGGCUCUUUCUGCUGAUUAGUAAAUUGAACUACGGUGUUAAAAAGAAAACUUGGAUUACUUUUAUUAGUUUCUAUUAAGUCUGAGUAAUAGACGGACCUGGAGGAGGACAGUGCAGACUUAAAAAUAAAAACUGUAAUUUUGUGUCUUUCCAACUACAUUCUAAUUUACAGCAUUUUUGUCUGAGUAUGCAAAUUGUAUCAUUGAACGAGGGAGGAUUUUUUAAAAAGGACUUCGUUUUUUGUGGAGCUACGAUCUCUAAGAUGUUCAUUAAGGUAGUGUGGUAAUUGUCUACUAAAGCAUCCACUGAUCCUAACUCAGUAAGUGCUCAUGAGGACAAAGCACCCAUGAACUCACCACCAGUGGAGGAGUGUAGUGACCAGGUUUUAAUAAAAUGUCCCUGGGGGUUUAUUGGACUGGAUAAUGAAAGUUAAAAAAUAAUAGGGGAGUGGGCUGAGAUUACAAGUAGCAGGAUUAAAUUCUGAAUGUCAAGGCUUUGGCUGUGUAAAAAUCUUUAUUUUUGUUAGUAUCACAUUUCCUGACGGUCUCAAUGUGAUGCAGUGUGUUAGUUCAAAAAGGAGGCCUGGGUUCCAAACCACACAAGACAUUCUGCUCCACUAUUAUAUACUAUAAAUGCUUUUUUGUUCUUGCAAUGUUUUAAACGGUAGAUUCUGGAGCCAUUAGCACAAACCUUAUGGUAGCACAGCUAUAAUCACAAAAUGAUGUUGUAUUGUUUUAUUAAAAAAGUGAGACUUUUGAAGGACUCAGUUAUUCAUAAGAAAACACAUUUUAAAACUAUGAGUUUCUUUGUGCAUUUCAAAGAAUCUUUGUGUGUUCAGAGAAUCGCAUAAUGUGCAGACCAAGUUGUUAAAAAGGGGUUUUUGCUAACUAAAUAUUUCCAUAAAUCUUACCUGUUGGACAUUUCCAUUUUCAUUGUCUGUCUCACAUGCACUUUUUUCAAACAUGAAAUCUAGUAAUAGGUUAAAGUCUGCAGACCUUACUUUCAGGCACUUGGUCAUUCCAUCUCAUCAAUAUACUGCAAGUCAUGCAAACUGAGAGCUUUCUUUACCUUGGUAUGAUAUCAGUUUGAAAAUUGGCUUUUUUCAGAACUGUACAAAGAAUUGGGAGUCUACAAUAUUUAUAGAAUUAGUAGGGAAAAACCAUUAUUAUAUUUCAUUGUUUUUGUGAGUUAGGAUGAUAUAAGUUAUUAAUUAAAUAUGUACUUGUAAAUUGUAAGAGCGCUGUGAUUGAUCUAAUUAAAAUGACACAGCAUCUGUAAAGACCAGCUAUAAGUAUAUAUUUUACAGUUUAGUAAAUUAGCAGUCAAGGAUGUCUUGUGUCCCAAAACUGUCUGCUUUAGCCGAAUAAUUGUUACCCCACAUAUCUCGAAAAGAGUUAAUUGCAUGAAAAGAAAACAACACGUUUCAUUCUAAUUAAAUAUGGUGACCUACUGAGACAAUCUGUUCCAUGGAAUUCAAACAAGUCUAUUGUCUAGGAUGGCUCCAUUAAUUAUUCCAAAUAAGUCAUUACUAUAAUCUGUCAAAAUAAUAUCUUAACUCAACAUAUAAAUACCAGCUACAAACUUUAACUUUUGAAAUGUCAGACACAUGCUAAGUAUUUUAAAGUAUUUUAAUUUAAUAUCAUUAUAUGAAACCAAUUAAAUACUGCUAAACCAAGCAUAGUAACAGGUUCAGGUUCAUCAUAUUUCAUGCAUAACAUAUCCAUGGUGUUGGGGUUUAAGAAAAAAAGAAAAAAGCUAACAUCUUCUUAGAAAAUGUAUGGCCUUCAAGGUAUGUAAAGAAUGUGUUCUGCCUCCAGCUGGAUAAACAUGAGGUUGCUAGAAACGGUAUUAGCUAAGGAUUUAUUUUUCUGACAACUGGUAUAUCUAAAAUGGAGAAUCUAGCAUAUUUAAGCUUUGUUUUAGAGAUCAGCAGCAAUAGGUUUAUCAUUGUCCCUCAUCUUUCACCAUUACAGUACAACCUUGAUUAUCCGCACACCUGUUACCCAAACAGCUCAUCCUUUUGUACAGUGCUCUUCUGCCCUGUUGUCAUAUAGAAUGCACUAUUCAGUCCUCAAUCUCUGGUAUUUACAGAACAGCAUGGUGCUGAAUGUUAUAUAUUUAAAAUGACAGGGUUUGAAUUGUAUCUUUCUUGAUUGGGAAAGCCAUUUAAACAAUGCUGCAGUUGUAAUCCAAUUAUCUAAACAUCCCCUUAUCCCAAUUUUAGUUCAAAUAAUAUAGGUUUUACUGUUUUAAAAUGGAAGGCUUACAAUUGGACCUGUGUGUAAUAAGUCUCUAUAGCCAACAUACUUUGGUAAAGUUCUGAUUUUGAAAAUCUGCAAAUCGGUUUAAGUCCUAAUAAAGUACAUUCACACCUGAGUUUUCCCUCUAGGGUCAUACAAUUAAUAAUGCAGGUCAGAGGUCGGGGAAGGGUUUUAUUGAGAGGAAACGGUUGAGGAAAAGGGUUUAUUUGGUUUUAGAUGAAAUGUCUUGUGAUCUUUAGAGCCCCGAACACGCCUGUGUUCAAUAAGAUAAACAGAUACCACUGAACAGUCAAAGCAAAUCAAGCACUAAAACCAAAGGGAUGACGUUGUGUUGAAAUUAUAAAUCAAGUUUGCGAGCACUGCUAUUACUUGUUGACUUGUUAAUAGUGUUUCAUUACUCACUUAUCAUAUGCUUAUGUGUAACUUUAGGUGAGCUUUUUUUUCAUUAAUUAGAUUCAUCAAAAGAUUUGAAAAGGUGUUGCCGUCACAAAGGAGUGAAAUAUACAGUAAAAUAAUUGUUUUGAGUUGCCCUCAGAGGUGUUCAGUGUUGUCAUACAGUAGUGUCCAUAUGUACACGCAUCUUUAUAUUGAGACCCGCUCACCCAGUUGUGAUGAAACAGGGUUUGAAGAUGGGUGUUAACAGUAUACAAGGAGGCAUGUAUUUAAAUCAAAACAAUGAGGAUUGAUUUGGCCAAACGAAAACAAUACAGGUGUUUCCAGCCACAAACCUCUGGUAGUAUGUAGCCACCUUUAUCAAUGGGCUAUUGACAGACCCCACUGUUACCUUCACAUUUACGAAAGCACACACUGGCAAGAACACCCCAAAACAGUCAAGGGGGGCUCGGUUCAAAUGGAAUAAUGGGAUACUCGAAUACUUAUUGUGAUCAGCUUGUGUUGAUGGAACACAUUAAACAUUGUAACAAAUAGUUUAGGGAAGUUAUUCAAUAGGAUUCAUUUCUUUAUUUACUUUAAUGAUUUCCCAUACACCUGUCCUCAUAUGUUCAAUUAACCCUGAUUUAAUAUCCUCUGCUUUCAUUACAUAAUAAUAUCAUAUUUUAAUUGUGUAGAUGUGUAAAUUAAAAAAAAAUUUAAAAAAAUAUAUAUAUCUUAUGCAAUUUGUAUUUUAUUAGUCUGAGUGGCAUAACUAGGGGAUAUAACAUGUAAUAGUUAAUGCACCGGUAAUAGAAUUAUUAGUACUUAUUUUUUUUGGACAUUCAUUAAAACAAAAGUAUGUAUAAAUAAAAUAUUUUAACAUCGGGCCCAUCAUUAUUUUACAUAAAAUAAUUAAACAGUUUCAAAGCAACAACUAAAAAUCACCUUUGCAAGAUAUGUGUAAUUCAGAAAGGAGAAUCCACAAUUGAUGCAGAUUGACCAUUUAUUGGUUUACAGAAAAGAAAACAUGCCCAUACAGAUAUGCAAAUAUAAAAGCUUUUGGCCCUUGGCCUUGUCCAUAAGAGCUUGUUAGCCACCCCUAUGCCAGCAGAGUAUGUGAUACCUAAAAAAAUGAUUUAACAAACUAACUAAUGCCAGCGGGCAGGACAAGUGGCCUCGGGCCACCCUUCCCCUAAACAAGGCUGCUGCAAGGUGGAGGCAGGGCAGGAGGGGGCCAAACAAUACAAAAAUGACAAGAGGGCAUAGACAAACUGGGCUUUUAUAGGGCUGAUGAUUAUGUGAUUGAUUAAAUGGGUGAAUUCUCCUAUUCAGAAAGACAAGUUUCCAAAGAAAACACCCUCACACUGGUAUGGACUUUUCCUAGCACGCUCUUUAGGGAAUACAAUUUUUGGCCUCAUUUUUGGUAAAAUGUGUUACAAUGUUUGAUGAGACGAUGCACAACAUUUAUUAUUUCACUGUACUGAAAGUAUAAUGUCAGAGCUAUUGAAUGUGAUUGCUGAGCCUGUAUAUGAGCAUUAGUAAAAUCUUGUAACUGGAAUGAAGAGGGUUUAUGUAAAACUGGCUGUUUUGUGGUCUCCUUCCCUCACUUAGCUCCAGGCAGGGAUAUAAACAGCGUCAGGGCGAGAUCUAAGAAGAAUGCACUACUAUGUAAGACUAA